GAAAUCAUGACUACGGGAAAAGUUGUCGCUAUAACAACCGGAGCUGUGGGGGCAGUUGCGUUGGCCCCUGUUGCCCUGGGCGCCAUUGGUUUCACCGCUGGGGGAAUAGCAGCUGGUUCCUACGCCGCUGGGAUGAUGUCUGCUGCUGCCGCUGCUAACGGAGGAGGCGUGGCAGCAGGAGGCUUAGUGGCUGUGCUGCAAUCUGCAGGUGCUGCUGGUCUGUCAGCUUCUGCCAGUGCAGUUGUAGCCAGUGGCGGCGCUGCAGUGGGAGCUGCAGUGGGAUGGCUGAGCAGCUUUUUCCGUAAAGUCAAAUGACUUUUUUUUGACCGCAAUGUUAAAGAAUGGAUGUUGUGUGUCAACACCUGUUAUCAACAUUUGUUCUGACACCAAGCUCUGUCAUUGCUGACAUUUUCUCUUUUUGAGUGUAAAUAACAAUCAACUCACUUUUGACAUUUUCACUCAAAUGUUUCGAAAUCAAAAAAUUAAAUCAAAAUAAAAAGAGUCUACAGCAAAA